AUGGAUAAUAUAUCAGCAGAAAGAUAUAUAUUCAAACCCAAUUUUUUAGGAGAAGGGUCAUAUGGUAGAGUUUACAAGGCUUUUGAUACAAUAUUAAAAAAAGAAGUAGCAAUUAAAAAAAUGAAAAUCAAUAAAAUAAGUAAUUAUAUUGAUGAAUGUGGUAUAAACUUUGUAUUAUUAAGAGAAAUAAAAAUAAUGAAAGAAAUAAAACAUAAUAAUAUUAUGACAGCUCUAGAUUUGUAUUGUGAAAAGGAUUAUAUUAAUUUAGUAAUGGAAAUAAUGGAUUUUGAUUUAGCUAAAAUAAUCAAUCGUAAGAUAUUUUUAAAUGAUAGUCAAAAGAAAUGCAUUUUAUUACAAAUUUUAAAUGGUUUAAAAGUUCUACAUAAUUAUUAUUUUAUGCAUAGAGAUCUAUCACCUGCUAAUAUAUUUAUAAAUAAAAAAGGAGAAGUAAAAAUAGCAGAUUUUGGUUUAUCAUCCAAAUAUGGAUUUGAUAUGUAUUCAGAUAUGUUAACAAAAGAUGAUAAGGAUAAAAAAACUUUAAAUUUAACAAACAAAGUAGUGACAUUAUGGUAUAGAGCUCCUGAAUUAUUAUUAGGUAGUACUAAAUAUAAUUCUUCUAUUGACAUGUGGAGUUUUGGAUGCAUUUUUGCUGAACUCUUAUUACAGAAACCAUUAUUUCCUGGAGAAAAUGAAAUUGAUCAAUUAGGAAAAAUAUUUUUUCUUUUAGGUACACCUAAUGAAAAUAAUUGGCCUGAAUCUACUUAUCUUCCUUUAUAUACUGAAUUUACAAAAUCAAACAAAAAAGAUUUUAAAACCAUUUUUAAAAAUGAAGAUGAUGAUUGUAUUGACUUACUAAUGUCUUUCUUAAAAUUAAAUUGUCAUGAACGUAUAAAUGCAGAAGAUGCGUUAAAACAUAAAUACUUUUUUAAUGAUCCUUUACCAUGUGAUAUAUCGCAAUUACCUUUUAAUGAUUUAUAA